GAUAUAGUUCCGGUAGCAUAUAUGGUCGCUACAGCGUCGCCUGAGGAACACACAUGGAAACUCUCCGAGUGCUUGAGCUUUACAGCGGCAUAGGUGGAAUGCAUUAUGCUUUAAAACAGACUGGCAUAUCGGCUCAGGUAGUGGCGGCCAUAGACAUAAACACAACUGCUAAUCAGAUCUACAAACACAAUUUUCCAGAUACACCACUCUGGAACAGAACCAUUGAGGGUAUACCACUUGAUGAGUUCAACGGAUUGUGCUUUGACGUGAUUUUGAUGAGUCCUCCGUGUCAGCCUUUUACCAGGUUGGGGCUCCACCGUGAUGUCACUGACCCCAGAACCAAGAGCUUCCUCUACAUUCUUGAUCUUCUGCCGAGGCUGAGCCAGCGUCCCCGCUUCAUCCUGCUAGAAAAUGUCAAAGGAUUUGAGAGAUCCUCUGCCAGGCAACGUUUAGUGGAAACGUUAAUAAAAUGCAGCUACACGUACCAGGAGGUCAUGGUCUCGCCCACAAGUGUUGGAAUCCCAAAUUCAAGACUGCGUUACUUCCUGAUGGCAAAGCUUUCAACUGAAAACAUUUCUUCCCUGGCAAACUCCAAGACGUCCUUCGAGUCCUCGGACACACAGCCUCCAAGUCCAAGUUCAAGUCCGGUUCACUCCCCGACGGAAGAAGAACACAGCAAAGGUCGUUUCCUGUAUAAACUGGAGACAACAGAUGAAGUUCUCAGGAAGAUGAAUCAGAAUAUCGAUUUGUCUGUCAGGCAAAUCCAAGAUUUCCUGGAACCAGAGGAGAACGUGGACAUUGAGCAGUACCUUGUUGCUCACAAAACAUUGUUGCGUUAUGCUCUGAUCUUGGAUAUUGUAACGCCCAUCUGCCGGAGGUCUGUCUGCUUUACCAAAGGGUAUGGGCGGUAUGUGGAAGGAACUGGCUCAGUACUUCAGAGCUGCAUGGAAACAGAGAUGGAGAGUGUGUUUAAGCAUCUGGACCAGUGCUCCAAAGAAGAAGAAAAACUCCAGCUGCUACUAAAAUUGAAGCUACGUUACUUUACUCCCAGAGAAGUAGCCAACCUAAUGGGCUUCCCGAAAAGUUUCUCCUUUCCUGCACACAUCCCGAUCAAGCAGCGUUACAAAGUCCUGGGAAACAGCCUCAAUGUUGUGGUGGUGGCUUCACUGCUCCAAGAGCUCAUCUCUUCCUAGCAAUUUUGUACUUGUGGAUAUUUUUAUUACACUCUAGUCAAAUAUUGCCUCAUGCUGCUGCCACACAUUCCCAAUUUCUAUUGAAUAUGGGUUAAUGUUCCGAAAAUGAAUAAUUAAUGACAGUACAUGUACAAUUGGAAUUUAUUUUUAUGAUAUUUUUUUAAUGUGUCUUUUCAGUUAUUGUUUUAUAUAAUACAGAGUCUAUCUCAAGGCAAAAUGUGCUAUCAGUCAUUUUUAGAAUUCCCCACAUAUACAAUAAUUGGAGCCUCUUGUCGCUUGGUAAUCAUGAUCACUCCAUUAUGUUGUAUAGGAGGUGCCACUGGUAAGGUUGGAAGAAGAAGAAUCUUGUUGAUGUCUACUAAAAGCAUCAGUUAGAAGGGAAUCUUGCUAAAGGACAUUUGUGUAUCAACUGUAUAUAUUUAAUGCUUUCUGUAUAACUUUGAAUCUGUGUGACAGAAAAUACUAAAUGAAAUAUAUUGUGGCAGUGGUGGUCCCAAAGGAGGGCUUUAUUUUUUACACCAGCCACCCACAGACUGAUGAAUAUCAAUACAGGAAACGUCUAUUUGACGCCAACACUUUCGCGCCUAAAACGUCGCCCACAAACCACGCCCCAAUCUAACAGCCGAACGGAUGAUAGACACCCCCUCUAGUGUCCACCGCAA